AUGCAGUCCCCUCCGGCUUCCUCAGGCGACGCCGAGCACCCCUUCGAUGCCUCCAAGCCCUUUGCCGGCGUGGUCGUGUGCUGCACGAGCAUCCCAGCCGACCAGAGAACCGAGAUCGCGAACCGAGUUCAGGAAUGGGGCGGCAUACACAAGUACGACUUGACGCCUGACGUAACCCACCUGGUCGUGGGCGACUACGACACCCCCAAGUACCGCCAUGUCGCCCGCGAGCGGCCUGACAUCAAGGCCAUGGCUGCCGGGUGGAUCGACGCUGUGCGCGCCCUGUGGACGACCGACCAAGAGAUCAACUUUGCCGAGCUCGAGGCCGAGCACCAGCUGAAGACGUUCGAGAGCAGCGGCGGGUUCCCCUCGAGCACGAAUCCACAGGAGCGGGAGCGUGGCAGGCUCCUGGUCUGCCUGACCGGCUUCGAGGAGCACGACCGCCAUUACAUCGAGGAGACCGUCAAGGCCAACGGCGGCAGCUACGUGGGCGACCUCUCUAGAAGAGUAACGCAUCUGAUCGUCUGCAAGCCCGAGGGGAAGAAGUACCAGGCUGCCAAGAACUGGAACAUCAUCACCGUCUCCAUCGAGUGGCUUAACGACAGCGUCACGCGCGGCAUGAUUCUGGACGAGGCACGCUACGAUCCCCUGUUGCCCAAGGAGCAGAUCGGGAGGGGCGCCAUCAUCAAGAAGGAGAUGAAGCGCGCGCCCACGGUCAAGAGACCCCGCGAAGGAGCAAAUCCGGAACCAGACAACGGCCGGAGGAAGCUUAGGAAGAGCGCGAGCAUGAGACUGAGCAGCCAGAGCCUCGAUCUGUGGAACGACAUCUUGGGCAGCAAGCAACCAUCCGUAGAUGCAUCCAAGUCCAUGAUAGAGCGGUCCAUGAGCGAGUCCAACGCUGCUGCCCUGGUCUCCAAACCCGCACCAAUGACGAAUGUCGCACCCCAGUCGUUUCCACUUCCACAGCCCAGUGCCGAGCCGACGCAGCCAGCCGAAGGUAUAUUCGCGUCCUGCCGCUUUUACAUCCACGGCUUCUCAACCAUCAGGCAUGCUGUUGCCCGUGACGCUCUAACUUCGCACGGAGGUCAGGUCUCCAAGACUCUUGAGGAUGUCGCUUCUGGAGAGCACACAGAGCCUACCGAUCAGAGGUUCCUGGUGGUUCCUCAAACCUCACAACCAGAUACCCACCCGCGACUGCCUGAAGGAGUGCACAUCGUGACCGAAUUUUAUAUUGAGCGUUGCAUCUACGGCAAACAGCUACUUCAUCCGAACGAACACGUCCUCGGGCGCCCUUUUCCCCGCUUCCCCAUUGAUGGCUUCCAGGAGUUGACGAUAUGCACUGCGGGUUUGCGGGAUGAGCAGCUGUACCAGGUUGUCAGGAGUAUUACACAACUGGGCGCGACGUAUUCGGAGAAGCUCAAUAAGACGUGCUCCGUCUUGGUUUGCCCCUCUGUUGCAGAUGUGAGGCCGGAAAAGAUCGAUUGUGCUCUAGCUCACAAGGUGCCUAUCGUUCAUGCCGACUGGCUGUGGCAAUGCAUAUCAACUGGCUUCCGCGUGCCCUGGGAUGGCUUUACUUUCCCAGAAUUGCAGCACAGGCUCUCUAUCGACAUCGACCCCGAUCUACAAAAGGGAAGACAGAAACUACAACGAUCACGAUCAGAACCCGCCAGGAGAAGGGAGGCAAAAGCAGAUUUUCGUGCCCCGGCAAUGGGGUCCAAGGUUGAUACCAGCGCGUUCGCCAAGGACCAAAUGCCAGUUCCCGCUCACCGUCAUCCUAGCCCUGAAGGCCCCAAGGCCGAUGUUGCGCGGACACACGGUCAAGAGGAUUCUUCUCUAGGUGUUUCAAACUAUGACACCGCACUCACCCAUCAAAACCAAAGUGUGGACGGUGGCCCCUUGUCCGAGCUUCAUCACAAUGCCUUGAACCAGUCACCACCCUCGAAAAGUCAUCCACCUCGCAAAUCCCUCCGUCGCUAUCCCACCGAGGGCACUAUCGGCGAUUCGGAGGGCGGUGAUGACUCGGAUGCUGCCACCGUCCGCGGUGGCAGUGUUGCGCCCGAGAAGGGGGAGCCCUCAGCCUCACAGGCCGAAAAGGUCCGUAAGCGUGUGGCAGACGAAGAGAGCCGCAAGGCAUUGGCAUCUCGUCUAACAAGCCUGAUGGAUAAGCCCACCAUGCCUGCACCUGUCGACAGCCCUAACCCCAACCCGGACCCUGCGGUAAAGCCUCAGCGUCGCAAGCGUGAAAUUUUUGGCCGCGCCAUCAGCAAUGUCUCCGCUGCCUCAUCCGCCAGCGUCGAGUCGACGGGGCCGUCCAACCUCGGUAGCAAGCCCAUGCACAUGGAUCGCGUGAAGAGCGCGCCCGGGUCGCUGGGCCUGCUCGACAUGAUGGGCAACAAUGCGCAGAACGCAGAGGAAGGCGAAGGCGACGACGCGAACCCGCCGCCCGCCACGCAGAUUGGCUACGACGACCCCAAGGCCCGGCAGCAUAGGCGGGCCGUCAUGGACCGCAUCGAAGGCAACGGCGGGGCCACCGCGAGGGGUACCUCCACAGCUCAGAGCCAGAGCCAGGAACGGAUUACGAUGGAGAGUCUGCGGACGGAGACGGCGGAGGGCAUCCAGGGGACCGCGGCGUCGAGGCGGCCGAGGAGACGCUGA